UCGUGAAGCUUAUGACGUUUAACAACUUACGGCGGAAAACGGUUAUUAUAGAACGUUGUUUUUGUUAUUUACUAUAGAGAAACAUUGCAGGGGGUUGGUUGGUGGUUAAAGGUGGUUGUUGUCCAAAGGAAACCACAAUAUACAUAUAUAAAUAAAGCAAACUAGAAAAUAACAAAACGCAAUUUAACUGCUCAAAUAUUAAGUUAUUUUUGAUAAAAUUAAACAAUUAAUUAGUUUUUGUGUGUUUAUUUGUGUAAUUGUAACAUAAUUUCAUGAUGGCCGAUUCCGGUGGCAGGCAAUAUCAAAAAUUACCUCCCGGAUGGGAUUGCAAAUAUGACCAGACGACCGGAAAUUGUUACUACAUAAACUACAUAACCAAAGCGAUGCAACUUGAAGAUCCACGUUCCACACGUUAUCGCCCUUUACAAAAUGAACGGUGCUCCAAUGAAUCUAUAGCCAUGCAUUCUUUCCAUGGACCAGGCGGUUCGCCAUAUCAUGUCUAUCCAACUAAUAAUAUGCCUGCAAUGCGAGCCUUCCAAACACCAAAUUCUAGUCUUCAUCAUAUGUCUACCAGUCCACUGUUGACAUCUUCCAGAACACAAUUGAUCAAUGAUAUGUCUCCAAUACCCGCUCCCAAAACCCAAUUUGCUCAAGCUCCUCGUACAGUCAAUAUGUCGAGACGUUCUACCAUACAGGAAACAUCUUUUACAAAUCAAAUUGAUACCGAUGCGGUGGUUCAUAAAAUACAAAAUAUGUUUCCAACAGCUAGUGAAAAUCAUAUACGAUUACUUCUGAAAAAAUAUAUGAAAACUAUAUUCCCCAAAGCCGAUGAAACUUUAUUACUGGAUGUUUUAGCAAAUGCCGAUAAUAAUGUACAAAAGGCUUCGGAAAAAUUGAUUUCAUUAGGUUAUAAAAAAGAUUUUGCUCCUCCACCAAAACUUACCAAUCGACCACAUAAUGAAAUGAACGGUGGUGUUAAACCAACAAUUGAAGAUGAAAUUAAAAUUAUACCAUUACGUCCGAAAGAGUAUACUGAGGAAGAAAAAGAGGCCAUCAAACUUCAUCUUAAGGAAAAAUAUCCACAAAUAGUUGAUCAUAUAUUGGUAAUGGCUUUGGAAUCGGUUAACUAUGCUGAAGAUCGGGCUAUGCAAAUAUUACAAAUAGUUAAGGAGGAGGAAGAACAGCAAAAACUCCAAAAGACCCCAAAGCUAGCACACACAACAACUUUGGAAUAUAAACAAGAGGAACUUGACGGCUUAGGCAAUAUAUCGGGUCGUGUUAGUAGGCACUCACAUCGAGAUCAAACAGAUGCCGCCACAGACAAACUAUGUAAGGAUUUCAAAUCUUUAAUGGGUCGUAUACAGACAAAUGGUCCCAAUGCCAGUUUAGCAAAAGGAGCAAAUGAAGGUUUAUUGUUAGCCGAUUAUGUCACCUGGAAUGGUGCAAAUCCUGACUUUUGUCAAGGUCAAAGAAAUCUUGCCAAUGGCGCCGAUUCUACCAUGCGCACGGAACGUGCUUAUAAAGCCUAUGGUCAUAAUGCAGAUUUAUGUAAAGGACCUCAAUCAAGUUUGGCCAAGGGUAGUAUUUAUACGCAACAAAAUCCUGCUAACGCCAAUAAAUCAAUCGAUAUUAUAUGCAAUUAGUUUUUUAAUUGUAACAUAAACGAAUUUAUGUAUAAUUUUUUCUUUCCAAAAAAAUAAUAAUGAGAAAAACUUUUAAGAAUUUGUGCCAAAAAUAUCAAUACUUUAUGCUUCUUACUUAUAAAUUCCGUCUUAUUAUUAAAUAAAAUUAAACGAAAAUACAUACAUAAUAAUUAUGUACAGAAAUUUGUUUAAAAUGUUUUCUUACUUUUUUAUUUGUUUUGCGUUUUUGUCGGUAAAUACUAUCUUAACAAUUUAUUCCUACCAUACCUACAUUUAGUCAUUUUUGUUUAACAAUAUAUACAGUCCUUUUGAUAUAUGUACGUCCAUACAGCCACGCAAGUAUUACAGAGAAGAUAUUGACUACUGCACUCCACAGAAAUUUCGGUUAUACAACCUUCGAAAACUGUGCAGCGAAGGAAUACUACUCCCGGAGAACUCUUUCUGUUUACACUGACCUUUUCCAAAAAAAGGGGAA